AUGGUUUCGUGGAAUGACAACGACAGCAGCGACGACUUCGCCGCCGAGUACAUCUCUCAUGCGGAUCACCUAUCAAGGUUAAUCCCAGGUACAAUCGAGGACCCUAACUACGCUGGUGUUGACGAUGAUUUGAUGAUGAUGUGUGAGCAUGGCAAGUCGGUCGAGAAGUUGGCUGCAUUCGAAGGGAUUAGCACUGGGAGGAGGUUCCUCGCUUGUUCACUUGAUCAAGCAAGCAGUUGUGAUAUAGUUCGGUGGGUAGAUGAGGAGUGGCCAGAGCACUUGCAGAAUGCUCUUCACAAACUGUGGCUUAUGUAUGAACAAAGCAAGCAUGAUAAUAGGAUGGCAUGCCUGGAUCAUUCAACUAUUAUUUAUGAGAAGCUUGUGGAAGAUGUGAACAACCUCCUUAAUUCACAUGAUUACCUACCACAGCCAAGUCACCAGAAGGAUGUUGAGAACAUUAUAAUCAGUAUGGACAACAACAUUGCAAAGGAUGCUGAAAUCACUAAAUUGAAGGCUGAUGUUGACCAGUUGAAGUUCAUUCAUGUUGCUCAAGGCAAUUGCAUUAGAAAUAUGAAGCACAAUCAUCUUAAAGAGAAUGAAAAUAUGAGCACUGAUAACAGGACUCUGAAGUUUUGCUGGGCUGACCUGAAGAAAGAGAAGGAGAAGCUGGAUGGAUGCAUUGCUGAGCUGAUGAAAGACAAGGAGAAGUGGAGCAUUGAAAAGAGUGCUAUCGAGUGUUGCAUUGCUAACUUGAAGAAAGCAUGUGAAAAUAACAACAUGAAGCUGAAGAAGAUCAAGUGUAUUUGUGAUGAAGAAUAA